AUGAAGUGCGCACAAGGAUGGUGGCUCUUCUCUGUGAUAACCAAUGCUGCUGUGAUUCAACAGAGAGCUUUGCCUAACUAUCCUGGCAUUCAAUUCUCUUCUAAUGGAAAGCUAUCGAUCACAGUCUUCAGUGAUCUUCACUUUGGCGAACCUUCAUAUGUGCGAAAUCGCCCUUAUGCAGAUCUCAAGACCAUGGGAGUUAUGAACUCUGUAUUGGACAAUGAACGACCUGACUUUGUAGUACUCAAUGGUGACCUUGUUUCUUGCGAAUGGGUCGCACCUGCCGAUGCCAACAAGCUCAUCGAUCAAAUUGUGGCACCUCUGGUUGACCGCAAUCUACCUUUCGGCGCGACAUUUGGCAACCAUGAUGCUUCGAAGACAUGCAGCACACUCUCCAUGUCAGAGCACAUGUGGUGGGAUGUCAAAGGCAAGAACGGUCGAAAGCUAUCAUUCACAACGCAGUCUGUAGUUGGUGAGGUCGAUAAGGUAGGCUGGAGCAACUACUUUGUGCCUGUUUAUAGUUCCACAAAUGGUGGCGAUCUCAAGAUGUUGCUCUGGUUCUUCGAUAGCAAGGGUGGUCGUAAGUAUCAGCCGACUGGCGAAGACGUUGGGGUUCCAAGUUGGGUAGACGGAAAGGUUGUCGACUGGUUCCACAGAACCAACGCUGCUUUCCGCCAGCAAUAUGGUCGCGCAAUUCCAAGCAUGGCCUUUGUACACAUCCCAGUAUUCGCAACAAGGGCAUUCCAGGAAAACGACCACACGCGCACUGCCAACCCUGGCAUCAAUGAAGAGCGCAUCGGACAUCAGGGCGAUGUUUGUGAUAGCCAGGGCAACAAUUGCAAAUACAAUGGCGCUGAUAUACCUUUCAUGAAGGCGCUUGUCGAGACUGAAGGACUCAUGGCGGUAUUUUCAGGCCACGACCAUGGUGUCGACUGGUGCAUGAAAUGGUCCAAAAAUCUUCCCAAUACCACGCCAAGCAACGGGAAUGGGCUUAACAUAUGCUUCAAUCGACACUCUGGUUACGGUGGAUACUCAGAUUGGACACGUGGAGCGCGCCAAAUUGUUGUAGGUGAAGACAUGUUAGGCAAGAACAUUGUCGACACUUGGAUCCGUUUGGAGAAUGGAAAAAUCUCAGGAAGAGUAACUCUCAACAACACUUUUGGAACCGAUCAGUACUCGGCGGCGGACACGUCAAAGACUUCGGCUCCAUAG